AUUGCCUUGGCUACAUAAUACGUUUUAUUGCAUUUCUGUAUUCAACAAGCCUGAAUUGUAAAAAAACAAAACAAAACCAAACAAACAAACAAAAAAAAACACAAAAAAAACCGAACAAAAAAACCCCCAUUGUUUCUUUUUUAUUUUUAUUUACUUUAUAACUGCAAAAUGCUUUGUUGUGCAAUUCCGGCGCUUAAUGCAACGCAAAGGAGCGUGUGCGUGAUGAUGUUAUAUGUGUGACGACACAACGCAUCCAAAGCAUCUUAGCGAAGCAGAUAUAGAUCGGAUCGGAACAGGGAUAGCUCGAGACGCAUAGACCCCGCAAACACGCCAGUGCACGCCGAGUCCGUGGGUCCUGAAUUCGGCGAAAAGAUGCUUCAGGUCGGUUGUAGGGUGUGCGGCGUUUGCGCUGUCGUCUCUCUGCUCUUCGUGGCGUUGGUAGCAGCAUCUUCUGAUUUGUUUGACAACCAACUGGGAGACAUCAGUUACUGCAAAAAGCAAUGCCAGAUCACCGUCAGAAACAAAAGCCCUGCCAAAGACUCCAUCAUGAGUGCGUGCCAUCGUGGUUGCCGCCUCUACUCCAUCUGCCAGUUCGUGAAUGGUGACACCGGCUUCAACAACAGCAAGGAGGAGUGUCAGGGAGCAUGCCAGGAGGCAUACACUAAGUUACUGGAGCAGGAGGCUUGCAGCACGGGCUGUUCUAGCCAGCCGGCCGAGCCCGAGAUCAAACGCAGGAAACUCAAGGCCCUGACUAACCGUCCCAAGCCAGUCUCAGUGAUGGAUGCGGUGUCCAGCUGGUGCAAUGACAUUGUCAGCUCUGCGCAAAGCUUCAUCUCCUCCACUUGGACCUUCUACCUGCAGGCCGAUGACGGCAAGGUGGUCGUCUUCCAGAGCCAGCCCGAGAUCGAGUACUCCUUGCCCGAGUUGCAGGCCCCACGCUCCAGUGUUGCAGACAAGCCGUGGCCCCAAGUGAACACCCACACGCAGCGGCCACACACCGGAGGAAGGGCGCACGGGGAGAGGAAUGCGGCAAAGGCAUCGGGGAAGGGCAAGCGUGGCGUCCAGCACGCCGAGGACCCCGCUGCCGAGCACGACUUCCUGGGAUGCAUGGCAAGGCGUUCGGGGCUGCCACGCUGGAUACUUGCAGCGUGUCUCUUCUUGUCCAUCAUGGUGAUGCUGUGGCUGAGCUGUGCCAGCCUAGUCACCGCACCCGAGCAGCACGUCAAGACUCAGCUGAGCAUCAAUGGAGAUAAGGAGUUUCUGGACGACAUGCCGAAGGUCAACCCCUACCACUUGACUCCAGUGAUCGCUGUGACAAUUGGCCAAUCGGAGGAGGGAAAAGAGGCGGGGCCUCUGCCUGUCAAAGUUGACCUGAACAAAACGUCACUUUAGUGUGUUUGGUGAAAAGGGUUGAAAUCUGUUAAUCCCUUUCGUCAUUUACAGGGAGGAACAUCACACCAUUUUUUCUAAGUAAACAUGCAUGGCACCAUUAAACACAUCAUUUGUAAUUAUGUCUGGAGUCUAGCGUCUGCACAUUCGUCUCCACAGAAUGUGCAAUUGUACUAUAGGUCCACAUAAAAUACGGAUACAUUUUCAGGUACAGUCCACAUUGACAACACGGUCGUGUUUGCUAAGGAAUAAGUUACACAUCUGUCGCGAAAGAGCCCAAUCUUUUUUUUUUUCUCGCAAUGUAUAUGCGUAUGGUUUGUUCACUAAACAAUACUACUGAUGAAAACCUUAAGAAGGACGAGUUUGUUUGCCAAUCUUUGAAUGCUGCUCUUCAAACUGUAGAUAAAGGACUCGUCUCGCAGUUUAAACGAAAGGUGAACGCUUCCAGUGUGCUCGCACAGAUUAAUUAGCGUCCCGCGGAAAUGGGGGACACAGGAGGAUAAACCCGGGGCUUUGAAGGUGAUGCUGUUGUAAACUGUUCGGCUUUGUUAAUGUCAGAUACUUGCUGACAGCCGUGCAGAAUUCAAUCCAGCCCAUAUACGGAGCCUCGCAGCUGGAACAGUUGAUUAAAACAACAUUUGCACAACAUGCAGAUGGAGCGCUAAUAUGUUAUUUGAAACGGCGAAGACACUCUUAAUUACAAUGAGAAAAACAAGGACGCCGACAGCUUAUCUUAGCCUGCUGCGGAAUGUUUAACGUCUCGUCUUAGAAUUGAGUAAUUUUUGGACACGGGGAAAUUUUAACGGGCAUUUAAACUAGGAGCAUGCGAGUAUGGACGCCGUGCACAUACGCGUCGUUAUUUAUUUAUUUAUCGGUCUCUUGUGUUUGUGCGAGUGCUAUGGUACCACUAGUGCAGGUCUCGAAUGUGUCACCGCUCAUUUAGAUACUGAUAAUGCUAAGAUUCUGUCCCAAGUGGUCACUGCCCACACACACACACACCGUUUCAAAUAUAUCUCAUGACCUGGGUGUGGGAAGCUUCUCCUACUUCUGCUUAAUGCUAGGCUAUUGACAAAUAGAUACAUUUGUAACCAGCUGUAGAACUGGCCAGCCUCUGGGGUCCUUUCUAGUGCCGAUUGUCUUGUAAAGCUGUGUUACCCGUUUAUUCCUAGUCGCAGUGCAUGUUAGUACGCUAAAAGACUUAAUAACGCCGCGUCUCUUUAAAGCAACUACUGUAGGCUUUCUUUUUUGUGUUUUAUAGCUAAAUGUUGAUAGGCAUUGUAAUUAUAGAUGAUCAAGAAGGAAGAAACUGUAUCCCAUAAAGAGUCACCGUCUUAACUGAUUCUAAGUCACUGCUGUAUAAAAUACAAUUAAGUUUCUUUUUCUUUUUUUUAAAGUUUUAAUUGGCUUAAUCCAUACACAGAAAAUAAAGUCUUUUCAUGUUGUACUUAA